UCAUUCUCCUGAAACCCUCAAAGCAAAGCAAAAAACAACUCUGGACGUAGUAGAAACAUGGGCGGAAAUAGUAAAUUCCAACCGCUGAGCAAAAAGACCGCAUCUUUUUAGCGCCAAAUACGAUAUUGUGCGCGUAAAUCCGCGAAACGACAAAGAAAAACGAACCCACUGUUCCGUGUGCUUUCCUCUUUUGUCUUUCUUCCUUUAAUUAUUAUGCUUCAGUUUAUUGUUUUUUUAAUUUUAUAAUUUUAUCAAGAAGGAGAGAAAAAAAAAGAAUACCCAAAUCCUGGUUUAUGUUUUAGAUAAUCUUGGUUUUAAAUAUUCUUUUUGGGUGUUCAAAUUUGCCAACAUUUAAUUGGUUUUGACGUUUUUUUAUUUUCUAUAUCUGUUGACUGCGGAUUGUUUGUCAAUUUGUCGGCGUGUCUCUUUCUUUUCUUGAUUUAUAAUCAAGAUUUGACGGAGAUUAAAGAUUGUUUUAUUUACUAAAACAUUAUUUUGAAGGAUAUGAAGCGAUUCUGAUUCAAAUUUUUGCAUGCGGUGGAGAAAUCGAGUUCUGGGUAUUAAGUGGAAGUGAAGAUUCCUGUCAUGAUAUUCGAAAAUCUCUUGAAGAAGGUACGCCAUUGUAUUUUCUAGCGAGUGCUUCAGGUACUUACUUGAAGUAGCUUAAGACAUGCUAACAAAAAGGGAGUCUAAACAGCCAGCGCCAAGUGUUAUGUCAAGAUUAAUGGGGCUGGAUGAAAUGCCACCGCAGCAGGGCGUUCAGAAGAAACCAAGAGUGCUCUCUGAGAAUUAUCUGCGCAGAGUUGCCUCUAUUGGUGUCAGAGAGAAAUGGUCAAAACGCCAUUCAUUUAAUUUGAAUAUUGAAGAGCAGGAUGAACAUAACAAUGUCUUGCAAGUAUUACAAGUGUUGAGGAAAAACAAGCACCAUAGCAUGCCAGUUCAAAAGAAGGAAGUUUAUAUGGGUUCUUCAGAGGUCCAGAUGAAAGUCACAGAAGCAAAGCGAGUUUUGGGGGAUAAGAAACUUCAAAGUUCAAAGGAAUGUCAUGAUUCAUCAACAGCUAUUGAUUUGGAGACACAAAAUAUUCUAAAAUAUGUUUGGAAACCAGAUUUCUGGGUUACCAAGGAAAUCAAUGAGUCAAAUGAUGUGCAUUUGAGCUUGCAGUCAGGGCCCAUUGCAGUCUUAAAGUCACCAUGUGCUUCUGAAUGCAGAGACAUUAGCAUGUGCAGGAAACUUAGGAGGAAAAUCGAACAAGGGUACUCACUAAAUAAAGUUCAGAGUAGGACUGGGAUAACAUCAGGAGAAAUUUUCAUUGAUGAUAAAAACAAGUUUUCGAGAUCAAAAUUCAAGCCAAAUAACAGAUCAUAUCUCCCAACAGCCAAGAUUGUUGUCCUGAAACCGAACAGUGGAAAUGCAGACAGUGCUAUCAGAUCCUUUUCUUUCUCUUCUCAGUUGCACAAUGUAUCUCAUCCAGGUAAUGGAAAGCAAAAUGGGAUUCUAAGUCCUUACAAUGGGAAUUUAUAUGCUGAAGUGAAAAAAAGUAAAAACUUUGCAAAUGCCAUGGGAUCUGUUAGACCAAGGUUUAGAUUUUUAAGAGAAAGAACCACAAAAGUGGGACAUGGUACCGGUGGCCUGCCCACAGAGGAUCCUAGUUCUAAAGCCAGCGGUGGUGACCUCUUUGCAAAAGAAUCCGAGUCAACAAUACCUUCUUCUCCCACUGUUUCUGAUAGGAAGAGGCAAUUUUACAAUUCAGACGGACCAAACAAGAAGCAAAUCUCUGAAAAAUGGAAGAAGACUAAAAGGUUUCAACAAGUUGAACUGGCUAGUAGGAGCAAAACUUCGGGUGUAAUGCUCUCAAUUCCUGACAAGCUUGGUAAGUGUGGUCUGAGCAAGCAAGUUGAUCCUUAUAGUAGAGAUGUGAACUUAGGCACUCCCUUAGCCAUUAGCAGUUCGGAUGGUUGGAGUAGCGAGUGUAUCAGAGACUUCCCAAGAUCCAAAUCCCUUCUUGCAUGUUUUAAUGCAGUUGGGAGUCCCAAUACCGGGACAAACUAUGAACAUCUUGAAGAUGGCAGGUAUAUAAGUGACCUUCAAUCUAUCAAUUUGGUACAGAACAAGUCAAGAGAGAAAGACUUUGACCAGAAAGAUGAUGGUUCAGAUUGUAGAAGCUCAGACUCCAGCUAUAAAAAGUCUCGACCUAGUUCUUAUUUGCAGUCAGAAAACAAUAGCCUAGUGGGAUAUAAUUAUGUAGUUCAGAAUGAACUGGAAAACACACUCAAGGAGAGGGAUUCAGGUGGCCAAAUUUCAGCAGUUACUAAAUCCUCUGGAAAAAACAAUCGGACUUUGCAAGAUGUUUGGAUGAAUCAGGAGGGACACAAGAAUGAAGGAUGGGAAGAGGAUCUGCCAGAGCAUCAAUUAGAAUCAAGAAACCGCAUUUUGUCAACAAGAGAGGAAGAUUCUUCCUGUUAUAUCCAAGAUACCUCAGUUCAACAGGAUUUGUCUAGUGGAACCUUUGAAGAAAAGUCUGUUUCUUCACCAUUCUCUUGCGCAGACCCAGAAUCACUGAUAAGCUUUGAGGAGGCUUAUCAACCUAGUCCAAAUUCAGUAUUGGAACCAUUUUACAAUAAGGAUAUUUCAUCCAGCUCUGACUGUUUUAAGAGUGUGAAUGUUUCUUUACAUGGUUUUCCCCCACCCACUUUUCUUCCCCUUUUUAUAUUUUUAAGAUCCUUGUUUGUGGCAUAUUCAGAAGGAUCCAACAUGAUGGUGUCUAGCGAUGAAGAUAAUGGGGAAGGAUCUGUAAAUGAUUCUGAAGAAAAUGAAGGCCUGAUGAGACCAUUCAGAGUUGAAGAGAGUAGGGAUUUCUCCUAUCUCAUUGAUGUAUUAACCGAGGCAGGUUUUCACAACAGAAACUUGGAUGCGGGAUUUGAUACAUGGCAUCCGCAAGUCAGUUAUUCUGUCUUUGAGACCCUGGAGAAAAAGUAUGGUGAGCAGAUUUCUUGGAAGAGAUCAGAAAGGAGGCUUCUAUUUGAUCGCAUUAAUUCUGGGCUGAUGGAGAUUUUACAGCCAUCCAUGGGAGUGCUGACAUGGACAAAACCUGUGGCAAAAAGGUUUAGUUUUAGUCUGAGGCAUGACCUGAUUGAGGAGGAGCUGUGGAUGUUACUGGAUAGCCAGGAAAAGGAAGCAAGGAGGGAAUAUGAGAAGUUCCCAGGAAAAGAUGAUGGGUGGUUGGAGUUCGGAGAUGACAUUCAGGUGAUUGGCAGAGAAAUAGAGAAUUCUUUGAUUGAUGAGCUACUUGCAGAUGUUACCAUGGAGAGUUUUUGAUAGAUGGUGUUUUUGUUUUGGAUAUAUUAUCAGAAAUACACUACAUAGAGAGAUUUUUUUUUCUUUCUUUUUUGAACGUGAAAAAACAAGACAGUGUUUGUUCUUGUUACACGUUUUUGUACAUUUUUUUGAACCACAGGAGUGAGAUAUGUUUAGGAAAAUUUUUGGUAGAGUGAGAUUUGAAAUUGGUGAGUCAAUAUUCUUGUAGUUCUUAUUAAAAAAAGGGGAAAAAAAUGAUGAAUAGAUAUUCAUGUUGCUAUCGAAGUUCUGUUGCAACAUUUUGUUUCCAAGAUAUUGAAUUCAUUGCACUGGGAUGAAGAAUAAUAGUAGAAGUUGGUAUUUUUUCAGAA